CAACUCUUCUGUUGGCUAUGUCGAAUUAGCGGUUUUUCAAAACAUUACCGCAACAUAUAGGUGGCACCAGGUAGUAUUUCUAAACGUGUAACCUCGACGAAAAACGGCAAGGAUGUUGAAAUCAUAUUAUGAUAAAGUGUCCAUGUUUGUGCGGAGCAUAACCGCUUUCAAAGGCUUUCUUCCUGCUGCAUGGUGGUGCUCUUUGACAACAAAGUUCUCCGGCAGAUGUAUGGCAGAGCUGGCGAAUCUGGUGCAGCGGCUGGAGUUGGCCGUGGGCCGUCUGGAGGCGAUGUCGGGCCCCGGUGGCAGCAACGAAGGUUCUGCUUGUGGAGCUGUACCAGCCUACGUUGAGGCCUUAGACGAGAUCAUCAGUGGUCCUGUGAAUCAAUAUUACUGCUACAGUCAGCAGAUCGGGGGUGAUGUCCUGAAACAUGCAGAAAUGAUGAAGCAGGCAUUCUCCAGUCAGCGACAACUCAUUGUAACAGCCUCCGCUGCCCAGAAGCCAUCGGAUGAUGUUUUGAGGACCCUCCUGCGGCCGGCGUGCCAGUUCAUCGAGCAGGUGCAGGCGUUCCGCGAGCAGAAGCGCACGUCCCCGCAUUUCCACCAUCUGUCCGCCAUCAGCGAGAGCGUGCCUGCCCUUGGAUGGGUUGCCGUGGCCCCAAAGCCAGGCCCCUAUGUGAAGGAGAUGCAGGAUGCCGCCACGUUCUACACCAACCGUGUGCUCAAGGAGUACAAGGAAAAAGACAAGACGCACGUGGAAUGGGUGCGCGCCUAUUUGGCAAUCUGGACCGAGUUGCAGAAUUACAUCAAGCAAUAUCACACCACUGGUCUGUCCUGGAGCAAGACCGGCCCAGUGGCUUCCGCCUCCGCGGCCCCUCCCAGCAAGCCUUGCGGCGGCGCUCCCCCGCCCCCUCCCCCUCCCGGACCACCCCCGCCUCCUGCGGACAUCGGCGGCUCCUCCGAGCAUGGCGAUAGCGACGCCCUCAAUCGGAAUGCCUUGUUUGAGGCCAUCAACAGGGGCGCCGACAUCACCAGGGGCCUCAGGCAUGUUAAGGAUGAUGAGAAGACCCACAAGAAUCCUGGACUCAGGGGUCAGAGUGCCCCCGUGCGUACCGGACCGAAACCCUUCACUAGUCCUUCCCUCCGAGCCGCUCCAUCGGCCGCCCCGACACGCAGCGCACCCCCCGUUCUUGAGUUGGAGGGCAAGAAGUGGAAAGUGGAGAACCAAGAAGGUGCACAGGGACUGGUGAUCAGCGACACUGAGCUCAAGCAAGUGGUUUACGCUUUCAAGUGCAACAACAGCACCCUGCAGGUCAAAGGCAAACUCAACUCCAUUACUAUCGAUAACUGUAAGAAAAUGGGCCUGGUGUUUGAUGACGUCGUGGGCAUCGUUGAGAUCAUAAACUGCAGAGAUGUCAAAGUCCAGGUUAUCGGUCGGGUUCCCACCAUCUCCAUCAACAAGACCGACGGUUGCCACGUGUACCUGAGCCAGAAGUCGGUGGACUGUGAGGUCAUCAGCGCCAAGAGCUCAGAGAUGAACAUCCUGAUACCCGGCCAGGAUGGAGAAUUUUCGGAGUUCCCGGUCCCUGAGCAGUUCAAGACGGUUUGGGACGGCGCGAAGCUCGUUACCACAUCGACAGAGAUCGCGGGAUAGAUGGGGCGGCAUGCCACGCGGCCGCCUUUUCUCUGCACCUCUCGCGCGCCUCCCCCCCACCCACCCCCAUUUCGCCAAGCCCACCUGACUGAUGACCCCGCACUCACCAGCUAACACGCGCGCUGUAGAGUCGAGAAUCAAACGUCAUGCGUUUUUUUUUUCUCUUCUCCCCCACCCUUUCUCCUUGGCCAAUCAAGAGCUUUUGCUGUUCCUUCCCACAGCCAAUGAGGACUGCUCACGUUUAUCUGAAGCAUUCCUCCAGCCAAUCAGCAGGGAGCACUUUGCCAAUUGUAUCUGUAUAUUUAUCCGGAUAAUGCUGUACUAAAUUAGCCGUCAUAGUUAGGUGGAUGUCGCCUCUGCAGCCACAAUUAUCAGGAUGCUUCAAGCACUAAUUAUCUCUUACUGGCUAAGGAGGGCCCCCCCCUAUAAGCCCCUCCCCCAAGUUAUGACCUGGAAGGUUUCUGUUCCUUAAUAUGCAAUUCCAUUAAGUCCUUGUGAACAAAUUGUUUCCACAGCCUCCACAUCGCACGUUAAAAAUAUUCGCGGUUGUUGUGUAUAUGAAAUAUUCCAACACAUUAAUUAGGAGUCAAAUCAGGUUGCGUACGUGCCGACAUCUUCACGGAAAGUUUUCAUCUCACGGAUCAUUUGAAUACAACUCGGGUUCACACUCGCGCGUUCUUGUAUACACAUUCCCAAAGUGUUUAAGACAUUCCAUGGAAAGAGGCUUGAAAGAAGAAGAGAAAAAAAUUAAACAGUGAGGAGCAAUGUGGAAUUGAACAUGACUAUCAGUGACGGGCUCCUGCUGUUAUUUCGAAAUGGAAAACGGGCACCCCACAAAGUCAUGUCACCACGGCCUUGAAAA